AUGUUCAAUAAUAUUUCAAACAAAGAAAAACAAGACACAUUUUUAGGAGGUUUAAUUAUAACAAAUAACGUUGCUAGACAUAGACCUGUUAAUAAUUCCAAACAACCAAGAUCAUUAACUUGCAAAUAUAAAAUUCGUUUUGAUGGAAUUGAUGAAAAAGUUGUCUGUAAAAAAGCUUUUUGUUCACUGUUUGGAAUAGGGAAAUCGAGGGUCGAAAGAAUUAUUCAAAAAGUAAAAAAAAAUAUUCCAAGCCCUGUGGAUUUGCGUGGAAAGCAUAAGAAUCGACCGAAUAAAUUGAGUGAUCACAUUUUAUUUAAAAUUAAAACAAAUAUCCUUAGUUUUCCUCGGUAUAUUUCACACUACAGUAGACAUGACAAUGAAAAUAAAAGAUUUUUAUCACCUGAAUUAAAUAAGCAAGUUGUACAGCUUAUAUUUAGAAAAAUACGAGUUUGA